UCUGUAGGCAGUAGGGAGUGAGGGGUCAUUUGGAACGUGACACAAUUCAUGCUGUAACCUUUGCAUUACUUCCGGUGAGCCUUCAUGGUCACUGAAAAUCAGCAUGGCGUCUAACGUAUCGAGGCUCAGGUGUUGGGGGCGAGUACAGAGGUUCGCUGCAUGUAGACAAUACAGCAGUUCCAGUGGCUAUCCUAAUGUUUCUCUGUCCACACCGAUACCCGGCAUUCCCAAGCCUGUAUAUGCUUCAGUUGAUGGACAUGAAAAAAACGAAACGAAAAUCACCACCUUAGAGAAUGGGCUUAAAGUGGCUUCACAGAAUAAGUUUGGUCAGUUCUGUACAGUUGGAAUUUUGGUAAAUUCAGGUUCACGCUAUGAAGCCAAGUAUCCUAGUGGAAUUUCACACUUUUUGGAAAAGCUUGCAUUUUCAUCUACAUCUCAGUACGGAAGUAAAGAUGAAAUCCUGCUGUCAUUGGAAAAACAUGGUGGAAUCUGUGACUGCCAGACAUCCAGGGAUACAACAAUGUAUGCAGUCUCUGCUGAAGUGAAAGGUCUGGACACUGUGGUUAACCUGUUGGCAGAUGCUGUUUUACAGCCGCGAUUAUUAGAUGAAGAGCUUGAGAUGACCCGGAUGACUGUGAGGUUUGAGUUGGAGGAUUUGAAUAUGAGACCUGAUCCUGAGCCUUUAUUGACAGAAAUGAUCCAUGCUGCAGCAUAUCGAGGCAACACAGUCGGCCUACCUCGAUACUGCCCUGUGGAGAACGUGGAGAAGAUUGAUAGGAACUUGCUCCAUACAUACAUGCGCAGCUACUACAGCCCAGAGCGCAUGGUGCUGGCAGGGGUGGGAAUCGAGCACGAGCAGUUAGUGGAGUGUGCCAGGAAGUACCUGCUGAACACAAAACCCGUGUGGGGCACAAGCACACCGGCCAAUGUGGAUCGGUCUGUGGCGCAGUACACAGGAGGCAUCAUUAAGAUGGAGAAGGACAUGUCUGAUGUAAGCCUCGGACCCACACCCAUCCCAGAACUCGCUCACAUUAUGAUUGGCCUGGAGAGCUGCUCUUUCCUUGAGGAUGAUUUUAUUCCUUUUGCUGUUCUCAACAUGAUGAUGGGAGGUGGAGGGUCCUUCUCAGCUGGUGGUCCUGGAAAAGGCAUGUUUACUCGACUCUAUCUGAACGUUUUAAACAGACAUCACUGGAUGUACAAUGCUACCUCUUACCACCACAGCUAUGAGGACAGUGGCCUGCUUUGCAUUCAUGCCAGUGCAGACCCAAGACAGGUGCGGGAAAUGGUAGAGAUUAUCACACGAGAGUUCAUCCAAAUGGCUGGAACAGCAGGAGAGAUGGAACUGGAAAGAGCAAAGACCCAGCUGAAGUCUAUGCUAAUGAUGAAUUUAGAAGCCAGACCCGUAAUCUUCGAGGAUGUCGGUCGGCAGGUUCUAGCCACGGGCAAAAGGAAGCUGCCUCAUGAACUGUGUGCACUCAUCAGUAAGGUUACAGCCAGUGAUAUCAAACGAGUUAGCACAAGGAUGCUUCGCAGCAAGCCAGCUGUAGCAGCAUUGGGAGAUCUGACCGAGCUGCCUUCCUACGAGCACAUCCAGGCUGCUCUGUCCAGCAAAGACGGUCGUCUGCCUCGAAUGUACCGCCUCUUCCGGUAGAACAUCGUUACAUGUCACUAGUAGACAGUUUUGCACACCAAGGACUACACAAACUAUAAUGGUAUUUUAAAUGUGCAUUGUGUGAACGUGCACCGAAAUUGACUGUUGUACUGAGCUAAAUGUGGUAACUUUAAAGAUGCAGAUUGAUUGACUGGUCAAGGUGUUACAUUUUGCCUCCCAAGGAUUUGUUGGCCACUAUUUUGUGUGGUUUUAUUAUUAAUCCCAUGUAGUGGCAGUGAAUAGUUUUGUAAUAUCACGACAAGGCAUUGCAAAAUGUUAGUUGAGUGCUAAAGAAAGUAUGAUUAGUGCUGAGUAGUUGCAAAUUAAUUACUUAGAUGUUUGAACAUGGAAAGCACUUGUUAAAGGCGAAUGAUGCUAUAUAAAUAAAACAUUAUUAUUAUUAAUGAAUUUCUUGUUUACUUAAUAAGUGGUAACACAGUGUUUUGUUAAAAGCCAAACUGUGCAUAAACUCCCUGAACAAAAGAAUAGCAACUUAUUGUUUAAAGCCAACAGAUAAGAAUUGGACGAUUGCAACUUAACGACACUAAACCUAUAAACCAGCAAAAUCACUAAUAAAUAAUGUCUAAAUAGACACAGAAAACUGACUGCAUAUGCAGUAAGAGACUAAGCCAGUUACAUUUUCUUUCUGAGCAUUUUACCUACAUCGUUUUUAUACUGUUAAAGGCCUGAUUAAAAGAAGAUCUCCAUUUUACCGCAUCGCGGUACGUUCUUUCAUUUUUAAUAGCACCCCUGUAGACAUUGGCUUCUCUAGUAUUAAGCUGAGAAUCACUUCGUUAUGAUACAACUUUGACUCAAGACAGUGCUGUAAUAUUUAAAGAUGACGUCAUAUAAACUCACAGCAUGGAGCUGGUUUAACAUAAGCUCAAUAUUGUUAUAAGAAGGUGAGCUAUACAUAUAUAACUCAACCCUAUGAGAGGUAAAUUGGUUUUAGCUCGCUAUUGAAAUGAACUGUGAGACUAUUCUCAGCGAGUUUAGGACACAGCAUCUUGGAUUAAUGCUGAUUAGUGUUGUACAAAAAAAGGGGAGUUGCAAGUCAAAUGUGCUACUAUUUUCUGUUAAUUUGUUUGGAGGCUUGUUUAUUAUUAAACUUAAUUCUUCACUGUUA